AUAUAACUGUUGCAUUGUAACCAACUCUCUCUCUCUCAUUCCCCCUACUUCCAUCUUCCUCAUCUCCUUAUCCCUGUCCCCAAACAGAAUUAGGCCUUGCUGGUUUUUAACAUCAUCUUUUGAGCUAUGGACACCCAACACCACCCAAAGAUGAGAGACAAAGUUGAAGCUAAUCAACAACCACCGCCACCACCACCAACAACAACUUCACCUUCUUCCUCUCCUUCCCAUGAAUUCUCCUUCACAAUUUCCCUCCAAACAAUCAAUCCCAAUAAACCCAAAGCAGCCCAAACUUCUUCCAUCGCCAUCGACUUAUCUCCGGCCGACGACAUCUUCUUCCACGGCCACUUGCUGCCACUCCACCUCCUCUCCCACCUCCCGGAAUCCCCUCGCUCCUCCACCAAUUCCUUGGACAGUUUUACCCUCCCCAUAACAGAACUCUUAGAAGAACCAUCCAACAAGACCACAACCACAAACAACACCACAGAUAGUAGUACUACAACUAACCAAAAAAACUAUCUAGAUCAUCAUCAUCAUCAAGAAAACAUCAAUGGUCAUGAGAGUACUACAAAGGCAAGAACCAAGUCCAAGUCCAAAUCAUUCUGGUUCUUCAGCCUGUCGAAACGGCGAAAAGGGGGUGAGUCUAGAGAGGGAGAAGACAAGGAGAAGCAAAAGAGGAAGCUAAGGUUGGAGGUCAUGAGUCAUGUGGUGAAGAGGUAUGCGAGAAUGAUAAGGCCAUUCUUGUCAUUUAGAGGGAGGAGGGAGAGUAGGCAAUUAUGCAGACAAUCCUACUCUUUUUCUGCUAAUUUGAGCUUUAGAUCAUCAAGUAAGGAAGAUGCAGGGAGAGGGAAGAGGAGGGAGUACUUAUCGGCACCGGCGUCCAUGAGGACGUCGCCGACCAACAGUGGGCUGCUUGUUGCAUCCGGAGCUAUUGCCACCUCUACAAGUGACAGCACCAUGGAAGAGUUGCAGGCUGCAAUUCAAGCUGCAAUUGCUCAUUGCAAGAAUUCCAUUGCAGUGGAAGAGAAAAUCAAUUGUAAAGAUUAGGUUUGGAAGUUUUUAUUUAUCUUCUAAUUAAUAGUAGUUGUUUUUACAUGCUAAUUUUCUAGUAUAUGAGAGAGGGUGACUCUGUGUGGUUUUGUGAAAUGAAUUUUGUAAAUGAAGAUAGGUCAUGUAGAUGAAGACAAAUUUCAUCUACAUGACCUCUCUUCGAGUGUUUAUUUGUGAAUAUAUUCUUGUCUAAUUCUAUGGGUUACAUAUAUACAAGGUGGUUUUGGCCAUUGGUCAGCAUUUAAAAA